AUGGCAAAAGAGUUACCCUGCGGUUUCACGGGGGGGCCCGCCGCUCGGCGCAGGCUGUCGGUGGGGCUGGCGCUGGCCGGGGCGGUCUGCGCCCUCCUGGGGGUCUGCCUGCUGCUGGCGGGGCCCCUCAUCGUCAAGGAGCAGGUGAUCAAGAAUGUCAGGAUUGACCCCAGCAGCAUCUCCUUCAGGAUGUGGAAAGACAUUCCCGUUCCUUUCUACAUGUCAGUGCACUUCUUUGAAGUGCUGAACCCCAAGGAGGUCCUCCAGGGACAGAAGCCAGUGCUGAACCAGCGUGGACCCUACGUUUACAGAGAGUUCAGGUAUAAAACAAAUAUCACAUUCCAUGACAAUGACACAGUCUCCUUCCUGGGGUAUCGGAAGCUCUUCUUUCAGCCCGAACUGUCCAACGGCAGCGAAGAAGAGUACAUUGUUGUGCCAAACAUUUUGAUGAUGGGAGCGGCUGUAAUGAUGGAAAAACUGCCAAGCUUUGUGAAGCUUUUACUGAGUGGAGCCCUGGCUGGCCUGAAACAGGAGGCAUUCAUGAACCGAACAGUGGGGGAGAUCUUGUGGGGGUAUGACGACCCUCUUAUAGAUGCAAUAAACGCGCUUGUUCCUGGCCUGAUCCCUUUCCAGGGGAAAUUUGGCUUAUUUAUAGAUCUUAACAGCUCCAGUUCAGGACUGUUCACAGUGAACACGGGCAUGAAGAACAUCAGUAGAGUUCACAUGGUGGAUUCAUGGAAUGGACUAAAGGAGCUGAAGUACUGGCGGAGCAGCGAGUGCAACAUGAUCAACGGGACUGCAGGGGAGAUGUGGCCUCCGUUCAUGUCCCCAACGUCAUUGGAGUUCUACAGCCCUGAUGCCUGCAGAUCCAUGACACUGGUGUACGAGCAGUCCGGGAAGUUCAAAGGUGUGCCCACUUACCGCUUCGUGGCACCAAAAACUCUCUUUGCCAAUGGCACGGACUAUCCGCCCAACGAAGGCUUCUGCCCUUGCAUGCAGUCUGGCAUCCAGAACGUCAGUGCCUGUAGGCUAAAUGCACCAAUGUUCCUUUCCCACCCUCACUUCUACAAUGCUGACCCAUCCCUGGUGGACGCCGUCGAAGGCCUCCACCCCAGCAAGGAUGAGCACGCGCUCUUCCUCGACGUGCACCCGAUGACGGGCAUCCCCAUGAAUUGCUCCAUCAAGCUCCAGCUGAAUCUGUACAUAAAGCAGGUGUCUGGUAUAACUCAAACAGGGAAGAUUAAGCCAGUGGUCCUGCCGCUGCUGUGGUUUGCAGAGAGCGGAUCCAUUGAAGGCUCAGUCCUAAACCAGUUUUACACCAACCUGGUGCUGAUCCCAUCCCUGCUGGACUACCUGCAGUAUAUCUUCCUUGGGCUGAGUGUCCCACUCAUUAUCUCAGCAGCUGUACUCAUGGCAAUGAGUCAGUUGUUGCAUGACGUGGAAAGCAUGCUCAUGAUGAAGAGCAGCUCUCGGCUCUCCUAA